UUGGAAGUCAGCCUGCAAUCGGAAUCAGAAUAGUAAGACUGGUGUCGCGUUCCUUUUGAGUUAUGAUUGGCCAUAGAAUUGCCUAUUUAAAUAUUUGGCUAUUCCUUCUCAAGCUCAACAAGUUAUACCGGUUGGAACAGUUCUUCGUGGAUAUAAUUCAUUCAAGUGCACUUCAUUUCCUUGCAUGGUUUGAUUCAACAAGAUUCGUUAAAAACAUGUAAAUGAAACGAAGGUUUUGUUAAUCGUAAAUUAAUAGGAUGGGCUCCAAAGAUGUCGCUGUAACGGUCCAAGGAUGUCAUUGGGAGUGACUGGAGAAGUGGAAGAGGAGGGGAAACGCGUCUGAAAUAGCAGAACAUUUAUCCGGGCGGAUUUGUAGACGUCACAUAUUCUGCACUUGCCCAGGUUGUCUGUUCUGUUUGUGUGUUUCCGAACUGGAUUCCGAAAAUAACCCUAAUGCUGACGCUAACAGCUUGUCUUGUUUUACGUGCCCGGACAAAGGGGAUAUUAUUGGGUGUUAGGCGAGUGUCGACUAAAUUGGGGGUACCACCACUUGCAUAUGUACUCUUGCUUAUUUUCGUGUCUUUGUGUGUGUAUCUCUGUCUGUGUUUGAAAGCGUGUUUCAGUAUAAAUCGGUGCGUUGGUGAGUCAGACUGUGUGCAAGUGUCCGUCUGUGUGUGUCUCGUGCCCGUUUGUGUCCGUUAAAACAAACCAAUCCGUGCUGAUGAGGCUCACGUGUACUUGUCAUUCAUAGGUAGCCAACCACCCAAAACUACCACCUCUCAUCCACUGUCAAGAUGAACUCUUACAGAAUACUACUAUGUGUCGAUGAGAGCAAGAGGGAGACAUAUCCUUGACAACCAGAGAGGGAGGGUCAAAGAGCGACCUGCGUCAUUAUCCCUGAGAGAGAGACCAGGAAUUAGGUGCCAAUAUGCCUGGUGUGGAAACUCUGAGGGCGUCAGUAGAAAGGAGAAGGUGGGCCUCAGGCCAGGAGAACAAGGGAGGAUGGAGAGAUCUCGAUGAAGAAAAGCGAGCUGGGGAAAGGAGGAGAUAAGAGAAAGCACUGCCAGCAUAUUUUUGGAGUGACAAAUCUAUUGUUUUUACGUGGCAAACACCCAGAGGUGGGGUUAGGAUGCACAGAUCAGUGGAGAGGAGACAGAUCACUACAAGCCAUUGGAGAUUAUAAAAACUUGAGGUCAACUAUUUAAUCACCACCUUUCUCUUUCCCCAGACAGUCUUAGCUAGUAGCCUGUUAUUAGGCUCCUAGUUGAACAUUGACAGGACAUAUUGUCCCGUUUUGACAAUCUGUUUCCAGAGUGAGAGUGACAGGUUAUAUUGAUCUACCUUUGUCCCCCUUCUCCCUGGUUAGGGGAUGGAUGGGGUGGCGGGAGGUGUUGGGCCCCCUGGCGGGGGUGAGGGUCGGCCGGGUCGUAGUGGAGGAGACUCUAAAAGGCGCAGUAAGGGCAGCCUUCCCUCCCCAGGGUACCGCCUCUCCCAGGCAUCGCUGGAGGGUGACAGGUCAGGGGUCGAGGGGUCCGGUUCCGGAGGGGGGCGACGGCGCCUCUCCAUCUUGAGUGCCACCAGAGACGGCCUCCCCUUCCAUUCAGCUGGCACUCCGACCACCCCAGUCCCCCUGCCCCCUCCUCCAGCCCCCUUCUCCUCCACCCAGCAGCGUUCUGUUGGCUUUUCCUCGUCACGCGCCGCCCUUGCCUCCACUUCCUCCUCCACCGGCACCGGAGUGGUCGUUGUAGCGUUGGGCCCGGAAACCACGACAAACACGGCUUGUAACACCGUGGCAGGCACGCCGGAGAUGGGGAGUCUGUCUGGGACGGGGGGCAUGGGGGGGUUUGGGAUGGGUCUAGACGGGGAGGACUACAGCUACUCCAACCAGUCCACCUUCAUCCAGAGACAGUUUGGAGCCAUGCUGCAGCCGGGGGUCAACAAGUUCAGCCUGCGCAUGUUUGGGUCCCACAAGGCCGUGGCCAUGGAGCAGGAGAGACUCAAAUCAGCAGGGGAGUGGAUCAUACACCCCUACAGCGACUUCAGGUUCUACUGGGAUCUGAUCAUGUUGUGUUUGAUGAUGGGGAACCUGAUCAUCCUGCCAGUAGGAAUCACCUUCUUUAAGGAUGAGAACACACCUCCCUGGAUCAUCUUCAACGUGGUCUCUGAUACUCUCUUCCUGGUUGACCUGGUCCUCAACUUCAGGACCGGUAUCGUCAAGGAGGACAGCACUGAGAUACUGCUAGACCCCAAGGCUAUCCGUCAGCGCUACCUAAAGAGCUGGUUUGCGGUGGACUUUGUGUCGUCCAUCCCUGUGGACUACAUCUUCCUGAUGGUGGACUUGGAGGCCCGGCUGGACUCAGAGGUUUACAGGACGGCCAGGGCCCUCCGCAUCGUACGCUUCACCAAGAUCCUCAGCCUGCUACGCCUGCUGCGCCUGUCACGACUCAUACGCUACAUCCACCAGUGGGAGGAGAUCUUCCAUAUGACCUAUGACCUGGCCAGUGCCAUGGUGAGGAUAGUCAACCUGAUAGGCAUGAUGCUGCUGCUGUGCCACUGGGACGGAUGUCUACAGUUCCUGGUUCCCAUGCUGCAGGACUUCCCCCUGGACUGCUGGGUCUCCAAGAAUAACAUGGUGAAUGAUACGUGGGGGAUCCAGUACUCCUAUGCCCUUUUCAAAGCAAUGAGCCACAUGUUGUGUAUUGGCUACGGUGCCCAGGCUCCAGAGGGCAUGACAGACGUGUGGCUCACCAUGCUCAGUAUGAUCAUUGGUGCCACCUGCUAUGCCAUGUUCAUCGGCCAUGCCACCGCUCUCAUACAGUCCCUGGACUCCUCAAGACGACAGUACCAGGAGAAAUAUAAGCAGGUGGAGCAGUACAUGUCGUUCCAUAAGCUCCCUGCAGAUGUCCGUCAGAGGAUUCAUGAGUACUACGAGCAUCGCUUCCAGGGCAAGAUGUUUGACGAGGAGAACAUACUGGGUGAACUCAGCGAACCACUAAAGGAGGCGAUAGUUAGCUUUAACUGCCGUAGCCUGGUGGCUCACAUGCCGCUGUUUGCUAACGCGGACCCUAACUUUGUGACGGCAGUGCUGACCAAGCUUCGCUUCGAGGUGUUCCAGCCCAAUGACUUCAUCAUCCGUGAGGGCACGGUGGGACGCAAGAUGUACUUCAUUCAACACGGACGAGUCGGCAUACUCACCCGCGGAAACAAGGAGACCAAACUCAGUGACGGGUCCUACUUUGGGGAGAUCUGUCUGUUGACUCGGGGCCGGAGGACGGCGAGCGUCAGAGCAGAUACAUACUGUCGUCUCUACUCCCUCAGUGUGGACAGCUUCAACGAGGUCCUGGAGGAACACCCUAUGAUGAGGCGGGCCUUCGAGACGGUGGCCGUCGACCGGUUGGACCGCAUCGGUAGGAAGAACUCUAUCCUGAUGAGGAAGCCGUCCCAGGCGGGUUCCAUGGCGGGGGGCAGCGGUUUGGGGCGUGGGGGUCGAGGAGGAGGGGGGGCGGGGCUAGGCAUGGGGGGGCUGGGCUCCUGUGACAGCAUGCUGGUUCAGCAGAUUGUUAAACACGACAGCAUGCCAGCCAUGCAGGAGGCCAUCGCUGCUGCCGCUGCAGGAAGGGGAGGGGCCACGGGAGGAAGUGGUACGGUCUCCCCUAGGCCCCACCCACUGAUCUGGGCUCCACUGAUCCACGCUCCGCUCCAGACGGCGGCCGCUACGACUAACGUGGCCAUCGCCCUCAUGCACCAGCAGCAGCAGCAACAGCAGCUUCAACAUCAGCUACAGCAGCAACAUCCCCUGCGCCCCUCUGUGAGUUCCCUCAUUGGGAUGAUGGGGGUAGGAGGGAUGGGGGGGCUGUCCCCUAGAGGGGGGUUUCCUGCCUUCCCCUCCCCCUCGCCCUUCCCCAUGGCCCCCCCGGGAGGUGUGAUAUCACCCCCUGUUGCUCAAACCCCACCCACACCGGCCUCCUCUGUCUCCACGUCGGUCCAAUUAGGAAAGACCCUGCACUACAGUCUCCGCCUCCACCCGGAAUACUCUUCAGUGAUGGGUGGAACCCCAGGAAUCCCCAAGGUAGGAGGGGCCACCACACCCCAUCUGUUCUACCACGUGAAUCCAACUGCAGCCACCAGUGUCAUGUCAGACACUUGCAGUUCCAUGGCUGGCCAGCAUGGAGCCAAGGAGGCGCUAUUGCGUCACGGAGGCAGCAGCAACCAGGGCCUGCCUGCACUUGGGAGGCUCACCCAGGAGGCCAGGCUCCUCUCAGCCUCGCAGCCCACCCUGCCUCAUCGAUCCUGGGCAAGCAUGCAGCCUCACCCCCCUCUCGAGCGGAAGGCCUCUGGAGGUAACCUGCUGCCAGCCUCGUUCCUGGCUGGGACGCAGCUAGCCAGGGGUGGCAGUGUGGGGGUGUUGACUACUCCCCUACCAAGCCCCCUAAUCAAGUCCUCCCCUACACCCCCCUCCCCUUACCCUCUAUCUGGGCCCACCCCUACCCCCUCUAAAGCCUUUACCCCUAUCCAGACUCAGCCAAACCCUAACUGCAACCCCCACCCCAGCCUCCACUCCCACCCCAGUCCCCACCCCAGCCCCCACCCCAGCCUCCACUCCCACCCCAGCCUCCACCCCAGCUUCCACUCCCACCCCAGUCUCCACCCCAGCCUCCACUCCCACCCCAGCCUCCACCCCAGCCUCCACUCCCAUACUAGCCUCCACUCCCACCCCAGCCUCCACCCCAGCCUCCACUCCCAUACUAGCUCCAACCUCAACCUUGAUUCCCACCCCUUCUUCCAGUAA